CUCUCUUAGCUUUGCGCACAGCGCGACGGAAGUAAAGGGGGAGUUGAGUCUCGUUGUAGAAUAUCCUUGGUUUGAAUGAUCUCGAGUCGGCCAUUUAACGUGAGGCGUCUGCGACUGUGGAGUGAAAUCCUGUUAUGUGACCGAGUCAUUCGACUCAUCCAUCUGGAGUUAUUAAUAUUAGUAUUUAUUUAAGUGGUGUUGCACACCAGUUUGCUCGGUGUGGACGAUAACAAAAAACUGCUACUAAACAGAGUCCCGUGUGAUGCCAUGGACAGUGUGGAGAUGGAAUCUGUCCCAAUUAAAGAGGAGCUCUUUGAACUUGAACUUGUUCCCUUUAGUGUGGAGUUCUUUGGGCUGGCUUGUCCCCCCAUUAAACAGGAGCUCUGUGAGGUGCAAUGUGACAGCAGUCAGCAAGAUGUCUCUGAGAUUAAAGCUGAGCACAAUGAAUUGGACAUCCCCCAGACAGAAGAACUGCUUUCUGUUAAACAAGAAGAGGUGCUGGAAAUUAAACAGGAGCCCCUGACAGUAGAGUUUGACCACAUGGAAGCCGGGAAGGAAGAAUCCGAGGACUUCAAACCAAACAUCCCUGAGCUGGAGCCUGUACACCUGCGGAAGUGUAGCGUGGUGCUGGAGAGAAUCUGCAUGAGAGAGCGAGGUACUGGAGAGGAAGGCUCUCCCAACGCCAUGCAAGGUGCUGGAAAGGAAGACGGGUGGUCAUAUUCAGAAUGCAGUCUAGCACGUUCCAGUCCAGCAGCUAAAGUGAGGCCGGGCGGUGGAGAAUAUCCUGACUGUGGGAAAGGUUUCGCCCAGUUAGGGCAUUUUAAAAAACACCAGCAAAUUCCCACAGGAGAAAAACCGUAUCUCUGCCCUGACUGUGGGAAGCGUUUCAGUCAAUCGGGAAACCUGAAAUCACACCAGCGAAUUCACACGGGAGAGAAACCGUAUCGCUGCUCUGACUGUGGGAAGCGUUUCAGUCAUUCAGGAGCCCUGAAAACACACCAGCGAAUUCACACAGGAGAGAAACCAUAUCGCUGCAUUAAUUGUGGGAAGAUUUUCAGUAGGAUACACUCCCUGAAAACACACCAACGAAUUCACACAGGCGAGAAACCGUAUCGCUGCUCUGACUGUGGGAAGAGUUUCAGUCAGUUAGCACACCUUGAUUCACACCAGCGAAUUCACACAGGAGAGAAACCGUAUCGCUGCUCUGACUGUGGGAAGAGUUUCAGUCAUUCAGGAGGCCUGAAAGCACACAUGAGAAUUCACACAGGACAGAAACCGUAUUGCUGCAUGGACUGUGGGAAGAGUUUCCGUGUUAAACACAGCCUUAAAACACACCAGAGGAUUCACACAGGAGAGAAACCGUAUCACUGCGCUGACUGUGGGAUGAGUUGCAGUCGUUCAGAACACCUGAAAACACACCAGCGAAUUCACACAGGAAAGAAACCGUAUUGCUGCUCUGACUGUGAGAAAAGUUUCAGUCAACUGGGAAAUCUGAAAGCUCACCAGCGAAUUCACACAGGAGAGAAACCGUAUCACUGCUCUGACUGUGGUAAGAGUUUCAGACGUUCAGAAAACCUGAAAACACACCAGAGAAUUCACACAGGAAAGAAACCAUAUUGCUGCUCUGACUGUGGGAAGAGUUUCAGACAGUCAGGAGACCUUGAAAGACACCAACGAAUUCACACAGGAAAGAAACCGUAUCUCUGCUCUGACUGUGGGAAGAGUUUCAGAGAUUCAGGAGACUUGAAAAAACACCAACGAAUUCACACAGGAGAGAAACCGUAUUCCUGCUCUGACUGUGGGAAGAGUUUCAAGCAGUCAGGAGAGCUGAAAACGCACCAGCGAAUUCACACAGGCGAGAAACCGUAUCGCUGCUCUGACUGUGGGAAGAGUUUCAGUCAGUCACACAGCCUUGUUUCACACAAGCGAAUUCACACAGGAGAGAAACUGUAUUGCUGCUCUGACUGUGGGAAGAGUUUCAGAGAUUCAGGAGACCUGAAAAAACACCAACGAAUUCACUCAGUAGAGAAACCGUAUUCCUGCUCUGACUGUGGGAAGAGUUUCAGAGAUUCGGGAAACCUGAAAAAACAUCGGCGAAUUCACUCAGUAGAGAAACCGUAUUCCUGCUCUGACUGUGGGAAGAGUUUCAGAGAUUCGGGAAACCUGAAAAAACACCAACAAAUUCAUUACUACACAGAUGCCAUGGACAGUGUGAAGAUGGAAUCUGUCCCAAUUAAAGAGGAGUUCCCUGAACAUGAACCUGUCCCCUUUAGUGUGGCUUUCUCUGGGAUGGCUUCCCUCCCCAUUAAACAGGAGCUCAGUGAGAUGCAAUGUGACAGCAGUCAGCCAGAGGUCUCUGAGAUUAAAGCUGAGCAUGAUGACUUGGAGAUCCCCCAGACAGAAGAACUGCUUCCUAUUAAAGAAGAAGAAGGGCUGCUAGAAAUUGUCCAUAUUAAACAGGAACCCCUGAAAGAAGAGUUUGACGACAUGGAACCAGGGAAGGAAGAAUACGAGAACUUCAAACCAAACAUCCCUGAGCUGGAGCCUGUACUCCUGCGGGAGGGUAGCGUGGUGCUGGAGAGAAUCUGCAUGAGAGAGCAAGACGCUGGAGAGGAAGACUCUCCUAACAGCACGCAAGGAGGUGGAAAGGAAGACAGGCGGUCAUAUUCAGAAUGCAGUCUAGCAGGUUCCAGUCCAGUCACUAAAGCGAGGGCGGGCGGUGGAGAAUAUCCUGACUGUGGGAAAGAUUUCACCCAGUUAGGGCAUUUUAAAAAACACCAGCGAAUUCACACAGGAGAGAAACUGUAUUGCUGCUCUGACUGUGGGAAGCGUUUCAGUCACUCAGGUAUCCUGAAAGCACACAAGCGAAUUCACACAGGAGAGAAACCUUAUCCUUGCUCUGACUGUGGGAAGAGUUUCAGACGGUUAGGUGACAUGAAAACACACCAGCAUAUUCACACUGGAGAGAAACUGUAUCGCUGCUCUGACUGUGGGAAGAGUUACAGUCGUUCAGAACACCUGAAAAAACACCAGCGCAUUCACACAGGAGAGAAACCGUAUCGCUGCUCUGACUGUGGGAAGAGUUUCAGUCAAUCAGGAAACCUGAAAACACACCAGCGAAUUCACACAGGACAGAAACCGUAUUGUUGCUCUGACUGUGGGAAGAGCUUCAGUCAAUCGGGACCCCUGAAAUCUCACCAGGCAAUUCACACAGGAGAGAAAACGUAUCACUGCUCUGACUGUGGGAAGAGUUUCAGACGUUUAGAUAACCUAAAAACGCACCAGAAAAUUCACACAGGAGAGAAACCGUAUUGCUGCUCUGACUGUGGGAAGAGUUUCAGGGAAUCGGGAAAUCUGAAAGCACACCAGCGAAUUCACAGAGGAGAAAAACCAUAUUGCUGCUCUGACUGUGGAAAGAGUUUCAGAUAUUCAGGAUACCUGAAAAUACACCAGCGAAUUCACACAGGAGAGAAACCGUAUCUCUGCUCUGACUGUGGAAAGAGUUUCAGACAUUCAGGAGACCUGAAAAUACACCAGCGAAUUCACACAGGAGAGAAACCGUAUCACUGUUCUGACUGUGGGAAGAGUUUCAGACAUUCAGGAGAUCUGAAAAUACACCAGCGAAUUCACAGAGGAGAGAAACCUUAAAGCACAUGUUCAGUGGGACUUUUCACUCACUCAUUAUUUAAUGCAUUCUUGCAUUAUGAGUGCCUGUGUAAUAAUAAUUUUUCUAUGUCACUUGAGAAAGUGGGCGGUGAUGCGGACACGUCUCUAGUUUAACCUUUCCGCUCCGGUGAACAGUCGACCUGUUUGAGGUCUGACUGACAUAACGUGACUUUCGGCUUGUGAUUCAGGACAAAUAUCCACUGAAAAUAUACCCUAUUCUAACUUUCUAAACAGCUGAGAAUCUGAAGAUUAUUAAGAGAAUAACGUUUUCACUCUAUGGUGAAUAUACCCUACGAUUACCUCAUUUAAAUGUAAAAAAAAAAGUUUUAAAAUGUACUCAAAUUUAAUUUUUCUUUAGAGAUGUCUCCAUAAGUGUCAUUUAGUGAUUUCCUACCAAAAAAUGUAAAAGUGGCAGGGGUAGACUCAACUCUCAGGAACUAGGAUCAGAACAAAUUGUAUAAAUACCAGACUUGUAGUCUAGGGUUACCAUAUGGCUCCAGAUUAACGGGACGCUUUGAGACAGACCGGGAUUUCAAAAUUCCCCCUAAACUGAAAGUAAUCCACGUAUAAAUGAGCUCCACCUUUGCUGAGAUUAAUCCUGCUGUGGUGGAAUUGCUUGGGCACAGCAAACAAGUCACACUGAUCAGCUGCUUCUGAUCAGAUCUUAAUGAACGAAUAGCUAAUCUAUCGAUAGAGCAACAAGAUGAUGAUGCUUUGAUUGUAUUUGCAGGAUAAUAUGGGCGAUUGAAUUUUAACAAACAGAAAAAAAUAGCGACUGGCUGCAAAUCAUUCUUAGUGUAAUACAAUUAUUUGACGCUGUCACAAAGACGGCCGGAGUGGGUGGUGUCAGACCAGAUCCAGGAAAUAAAACGACGGAGACUUGGGGUUUUGGUGAAGCUGAGCGCGUGAUCGCGCUCAGCAUUUAAUAAUUAAUUGACAGAACAGAAAAUAAAAGGUUUGAACACAAAACAGGACACGGCACUUGCGCCAAAAUAAAGACAAACAAAACGCACUAACAUUUAACAAAUGGUGAACGGACAGACAAACAAACGCGGUGAGUACAAACACUUAUAUUUACGCUUUUACUUAUUUUAACUCCUCUCUCUCUCCCGUUCUCCACUCUCGAACAUUAUUAAUUGUAGCUAAGGAUGGUUCAUUUACACAUUUAUUUAUUUAAAUUUUGAAAUCCUGUUCUGUCUCACAGCAUCUGGUUAAUCUGGAGUCACAUGGUAACCCUAUGUAGUAGAGUCCUUAAUCUUCGAGUCCGGGUCCCGAUUGUCGAGUAUGAGUCCUUGAAACACUCAAAUCAUUUGAUUUCUUUUUUCCAGCUAGAUUAUUCUAUUUGCAUGCCUUUUUCAACUUGUCUGUCACUAUCGUCUUUUAGAAUUUGAAUACUGUUUGAAUGUACCUGAAGCUUAUAGUUAAGCUUUAACACUUUCAGGACCAAACAUUUUUCAGUGGGAUGCUACCCCAGGACCAGGUGCUUUUUGGCUGUUGUUGACUCUCUUAUAAAAAUUUACUAAAUUUUACAGUAGCAUCUUGCAAAUGGUGUCCUUGUUUUCCGAACACUCUGGGGAACAUUUAAAGUACUUCAGAAACCAUAUAAACUUUUUGCUUUUUUUUCUUAUAUUUUUUAAAAGUAAUUUUUAUUAUGUAUUCUGCUUAGAGGUACGUUUAUAAAAAUGUGUUAUUCUGUGACCUGAGGGACCUUACAAUACUUCCUGAAAGUUUUGUUGAAAAAUAUUGAUGUUUGGGCAGAUUACAAGACAUUGUUUCACCUGAGUGAUUGCAAUGACAUAAUACACAUUUAUUCACAGGGUGUUUAUAAACAAUAAUGGACUCUACUCUUGAUUGUUUUCUCAAAAUAAAUAUUUACACAGCCCGGCUUCACCCCGUUAAACAGAUGGGAUGAACGGCAUUGUUGAUGUGCCAAUGUCACGUGAGAGGGGGAAGUGAAACACACAUUACCCAGAAGAAGGAAAGUGCAAUUCAUUAAGAAGAGACUGGGGGUUCAGCGAGCAAGCAAACACUGUUAACCGUCCGCACAUGGUAUUUCCCCUUUGUGUAUGUUCAUAAAGGAACAAAAACAUGAAGUUCACACAAUACAGAUUUCUAGGUUGAGACUGCACAGCGUAUUGUUAAUGUGUUUUCCCCACAUCCAUAAUAAAUAAUUUUCAUUUUGGUAAAUUAAGUGGUAUUAAGUUAUUCUGUCGUUCUUUUUUUUAAAUCAAUCUCUCCUU